AUGGCUUAGGAAGACCAUUACACACAGUAACUUUAGUCAUAAUUCUGGAUUCCUCUCCUCUUUCUGCUGAAGGAUCCAUGAGAGGAUGAGAGGAGACAACGAAUCCUUUAACCUUGGUUUCAUUCUCCUGGGAGUCAGUGGUCAGCAGCAACAGGAAGACUUCUUCUUCGUCCUCUUCCUGUUCAUUUACCCCAUCACAUUGAUUGGAAAUCUGCUCAUCAUCUUGGCCAUUCGCUCUGACAUUCGCCUUCACAACCCCAUGUAUUUUUUCCUUGCCAAUCUCUCCUUUGUUGACAUCCUCUUCUCCUCUGUAACCAUCCCUAAAAUGCUAGUCAACCAUGUCUUCAGCAGCAAAGCCAUCUCCUUUGGGGGAUGCUUAACACAGAUGUAUUUCAUGAUUGGCAUGGCUAACACAGAUAGCUACAUGCUGGCUGCGAUGGCAUUUGAUCGUGCUGUGGCCAUCAGCCGCCCACUUCAUUACACAACAAUUAUGAGCCCACGGACUUGUGUCCUCCUGGUUGUUGUGCCUUGGGUGGUGGGAAAUGCCAAUGCCCUCCCCCACACUCUGCUCACAGCUAGUCUGUCCUUCUGUGGCAACAAGGAAGUAGCCAACUUCUACUGUGACAUUACCUCUUUACUCAAGCUGUCCUGUUCUGACACCUACUUUAAUGUGAAGAUGAUGUACCUAGGCGUUGGUGUUUUCUCUGUGCCAUUACUAUGCAUCAUCAUCUCCUAUGUCCGGGUCUUUUCCACAGUCUUACAGGUUCCAUCCACCAAGGGUGUGCUCAAAGCCUUCUCUACCUGUGGUUCUCACCUCACAGUUGUUUCUCUGUAUUAUGGGACAGUCAUGGGCAUGUAUUUCCGCCCUCUAACUAGUUACAGCCUGAAGGAUGCAAUGAUAACUGUGAUGUACAUCGCAGUGACCCCAAUGUUAAAUCCUUUCAUCUACAGUCUGAGAAACCGAGACAUGAAGGCUGCUCUGGGGAAACUCUUCAGCAAAAGACUCUCCUCAAAACCAAUUUGA